UUUAAUAAAUGACAUCAAAUCGUAUACUGCGGAUUCGCUGUGGGCCUCCAGCCAGCUGUUCCCUGGAAAUCUGCUCCAGGGCAGACAUUUGUCCCGCCGCUGUCGGAUGCUGAAGCGCGCAGUCAGCCUGUGGAUGCUUGAUGUCCAUUAUGAAACGCUGCGCUGGGUACCAAAUAUGAGGCGCAGCGCUGGUGAGAUCAAAUAAAUUGGAAGAAAUCAAUUUAGCUGCAAAAAAUCUUGCUGCGCUGCGGACGGCUCAAGGUGGUCCGAGCAUCUUUUCUCCUCAGCCCUCCGCUUCCUCUUCUCUUGGACUGUGGAUAACAAAAAGCCUUCAAGACGGAGGGGGUGGUGGAGCAUCGAGGAAAAAAUAGGGGCAAUAUGAGAGAGCGGGACUUCAUGCCCAAUAUGGAGAGGGGCAAACCUGCUACUUAUACGGGGGACAAAAAGGCUAAGAUGGCUGCUAAGACUAACAAGAAGUGGGUGAGACUUGCCACUGUUUUUGCAUAUGUGUUGUCCGUGUCCUUAGCAGCCAUUAUUCUGGCAAUUUACUACAGCCUGAUCUGGAAACCCACCAGCGCAUCCUCCUCUGCCGGGAAGCCGGGGGUGCCCGAGGAGGUCACCCCCGCCGCAAACAUCUCAACUAAUAUUUCCACGAACAGCAACGUCUCAGAGUGGAACUCUACCACACAGACACGGCUGCUGUCUCUCAACCAGAGCAGGCUGGGCACAACCCCGCACAAUCAGGCGUUUCAGUGGGACGACAGAGCCGAGAGAGUGGCCACCGAAAUUGCGCACACGCCGCCGCCGCCGCAGCAACAGCAGCAGCGGCAGCAGGAGGAGCAGGACGGACUCUACGCAUCUUCCCACGGUCACACAAGCGCGGACAGAUCGAGCACUUUGGGCACGGGGACGUCUCACCCGCGGGUGAGCCACUACAUCCCGUCGGGCACCGGGGAGUCCGUCGCCGCGCUCGCCGAGGACCAGGAGGAGGAGGAGGAGGUGGAGGAGAGGGAGGCGCACCGGCGAGGAGCGAGCGACGACCCCGAGCAGGCGGCCGCAGAUGCUGCCGCUCUGCCUCCGACCUAAGCAGGACGAGCUUUAGAGGAUCGGGCCUCAUUCCCUCCCUCCCCUCCCCAUCACCACACACCCUCUCACAUCCGAACUGACCCCCCAUCAAAAAGGAGUGUUUGACAUACUCAGAGCCGCAGGUCGGAUAACACACAGGUUCUCUAAAACUGCAGAGCCCCUUCUGGAUGCUGAACUGCACAUAUGAACUGAUGAUCUUGCUUUUACGGCUGAGAAAAGAGGAGAUCUCUUUUCUUCUGUGAACACUGUUUCCCCCUCCUUAACUAUGCGUUUUUUUUUUCCCCCUUCCCAUUUUUAUUCUGGGUUCUAGGCCAUCUGUAUGCCUUAAAUCAAUGUGUGUCUACUUUACCUCGGACAGCUCUUGAGGCCACUAACCUGCCUGUAACGUGUGGACAACACUGAUAUAGAUAUUUUGUUAAAUUGAUAGGGCACAGGCUCCAGAGAUGCUUUUUUUUUGGUUUUGCCACACAGACGUGAAUAUGUCUCACAGGCAUAACAACAUCACUGCCAUUCAUCGGAGGGUUUUAUUCAAUACUGCAUUGUUGCAUUUUAACAUAUAGGCUGUAUUUUUUUCAUGGAUCAAACCCUGGAUUCCGAGUAGAAGGACCUGCAUUAUUGAGUUAUGCUCAGGUAUGUGCAUAUAACCAUGUAAAUGUAUUGUGUAUUUGGUUAUGUACAUAUUGGGCAGGCAUACAUCUUUUGGCCUUGAUUGACUUUUAGUGUAAUUAGAUGAUUUUUAUUAAAGGUACAGUAUGUAUAAUAGGUAUAACUAUAUCACAAGGUACAAAUAAACACCCUUAGACAAUGAUUCAUUUCUAUGGUUUUAUAAAAGAUCUCUGUAAGUCAAGAAUGAAUCCCUGACAUUAUCAUGUAUGUUGAUAUUUUAUUUAUUCAGAGCCAUGCUGGAUAAUAUAGAUUCGAAUAAAUGUUAGGUUUUUCCUAACAUCUCACA